AUGGAGUUCAGUCUCAGCGGGAACGGUUUGAAGACAUUUGCUCGGUGCAUCACAUGUCUAGCUCGUACCGGCAACGAGCUCGCCGUUCAAUCUGCUUCUUCUCAGCUGGAAUUUCACACUCUCAACUCGUCGAGAUCUGCUUAUCAGUCUAUUACGUUCAAGCCGGACUUCUUCAAUGUUUACACGAUAUUCGGCGCCCAGGUCAAAUUCAGCGUGCUUGUCAAGGCCGUUUCUGCCAUCCUUAGGACACCUAUUCAAAGCAUUGAUCAUCUAAGAGUUCAAUUGCCCGAUCCUGAAGCCUCCAAAGUGCAAUGGACCUUGGAAUGCAAUAACGGUAUGAGAAAGGCCUGUUCAAUUACUUGCAAUAUCGAGCCCGACAUACAACAUCUGACUCUUGAUAGGAAUGGAUUUCCAAGCAACUUUAUAGUCAGGCCGCACGAUCUAAACAGACUGCUAGCAAAUUUUCAGUCAUCACUUCAAGAGAUAACGAUCAUUGCAACAGAAAUUACUUCUUCUCCUGCUGAUGCUGCUAGUGAAAUAGGAGGGAAAGCUGUUGAACUCAGAAAUAUCAAUCCAACAAAAGACAAUGACUCUUCACUGCACACUCAAUUAUGGAUUGAUCCUGCAGAAGAAUUUGUCCUCUACAAUCAUGUUGGAGACCCUGUUGAUAUUACAUUCGGAGUGAAGGAACUGAAGGCAUUUGUUUCAAUUUGUGAGAGCUGUGAAGUCGAUAUACAUUUAUACUUUGAAAAGGCUGGAGAGCCCAUUUUAAUGGCACCAAAAAUUGGUCUUUCUGAUUCAUCUGGUUCAAACUUCGACGCAACACUUGUUCUUGCAACCAUGCUCAUAUCGCAGCUUCGUGAUGAAAAUGCCUCUGAGGAACCACAAUAGGCCGCCUCUAUACCAGCUCAAGCUGUAAUCCACAAGGAGCCUCAAGCACAACCAGAGAGUAGUCAUAGAGCAACAGCUUCUGAGCAUCCAUCUGAUAACACCAAAAUUUGGUCUAAUCUUUCAGGUAAAUUACUCAGUUCCAGUGGUAGUGCAGCAAGAAGUGGUAGUGCUGCAGAAGACGUAAAUUUAAAUGCCACAGACCAGGCAAAUUCAGAGGCUUGGCACACUUCAUAUAUCAGAAAAUUUACAUGCAGGAGUUCCUGCUGCUUCGAGGUACCAUAACAGAGAGAGGAUUCUUCCCGAAGAAGCACAAGGUAAGAAUAAAACCAGGUUUGCUUGGAGUAGCGAGUUCAAAACUUUAGCUGUCUUAUUAACUCAAAACAGUUUUUCCUGGCUGCUUUCAGAUACACAACAAGCUAAUGCUAAUACAUUUUCCCAACGUCAUCCACGCCUCCAUACUAUGAAGAACAAUAGAAAAAGUGUCUGGAAUGACUGAAAUUGAUUUGUUUUGAUAUACAGAGUGAAAAGGGAACAGAAAAAAUGGCGAUAUGAUAGCAGCAGCGCUGGCAGGAAGUUGGGGCCGUUGCAGACCACUCCCACCAUUGAAUGCGUAAGGCAAGAACAUGCUCUGAUGUUUUAGCUACUUGCGAUGUGCCAUUCGUACAGAUUUUUAGAUUCUUGUUUUAAAAAAUACCCUGAAACAAGUGAGAGGGAAGUCGAUUAUUGCCGUUAUGCAGUCCUUGUCAGAGUGCCUCUAAGCGUGCACCAAAUUAUUAUUUCGCCAUUUUUAUUGUUGUCAUUGUUUUGCUUUCUUGGGCUCCACAAAAUGCGUAUUUUCCAGCUUCCACUGUGUCAUAUUGCGCCUGAUAUGUGGUGUGCUGGUAAUUUUUGCCAUUUUUUCUCGUCUAUCUGUACUGGAUUGAUGAAUUUAUCAAACCUAAAACUUGUCACGAGUUCGGUUGUUAAAUUCCAGCAACGUAGAACCAGC